AUGGAGACGUUUACCAGGGAAGACGCAACCAAAAUUGUGUCAAUUCCGUUACCAUAUUGGCCCCACGCAGACAAGUUGAUAUGGCAUUACACACCGGAUGGAAACUAUGCGGUCAAAUCGGGAUACUAUAUCGCCCUGCACAAAGGGUUUAGAGAAUAUCAAUCUCUAAACCCUCAUCUAUCUAAAAACGACUGGAAGCUACUCUGGAACCUGAAGAUACCAAACAAAAUUAAAAUUUUUAUUUGGCGGUGUCUGUAUGACGGCCUCCCAACGGGUGCAGCUCUCUGUCACAGGCUUCAAAUCCCCUCCGACUGCAAAUUCUAUGGCGAACAUGAAACUCUCAUGCAUCUGCUUUUCUUAUGCCCAGUGGCCAGACAGAUAUGGUUUCAAAGUCCACUUAAUUUCCGAUCAUCGUGGGGAGUAACAUCAAACUUUGCAAGCCACUGGAAUAACAGGAUAUUCCAAGAUGCACAACCCUCAACUCCAGAUACUAUCCAACUUAUCCUCGAGGAUGUAGAAGAAUUCCAGCAGUCCCAGGUUACUUUGGAUACUACUAGUCGAUGUAUAUCCCAUGUGCAGCAGAGGCAAUUGAAUAUCAGGGGUACACCCCCGGGAUUUCUGAAGCUCAACUAUGAUGCUGCUGUAAAUAUACAACAGAAACAUGGUUUUGUUGGCAUUGUAGCUAAAGAUGACCAAGGCUUGCCGAAGGGUAAUUUUUUUGCUAUAUUUCAAUUUAUCUGGGAUCCAGGCAUUCUCGAGAUGUUGGCUCUUAGGGAGGCGAUGAACUGGGCAGUUUCACGUGGCUGGACUAGAGUCCUUUUUGAAGGUGAUGCUCUUCAAGUAUCCAACAUUGUCAACUCAAGACGAUGUGUUGUAGCAUCACUACAUGGUAUUUGUCAAGACAUCUGGCAUCUUCAAAAUUCCUUCGCAGAGGUCUCCUUCCUCUAUGUUCCACGGAUCCAGAACUCCUACGCUCACAGAUGA